ACCCGUCAUAUGGAAUGUUUGGAUACAUGCAUGAAGUGCUGGAUAUAGAGUAUUUACGAAACUAAGAACACAGCUAGAGAGUAAUUUGCGAGACGAAUCUUUUGAGCCUAAUUAGUCUAUAAUUGGACACUAAUUAUCAAAUAAAACGAAAAUACUACAGGACUUGAUAAACUUUAACCACCCCAACCAAACACCCCCUAAAGCCUAAACCUAAUACAUAUGAUUUGGUCAUGGCCUGAUGAAAUAAGUCAAUGAAUCAGAUUUGUCUUAUUAUAUACUAUAUAUAUGAUCUUUCAAUUAAUCAAACUUGAAAGUAGAUGUCAGCUAGAUAUUAUUAGAAGCUGCACUCAGUAUAUAGGUUGCAAACAUGCCAAGCAGCCUGGAGCACGCACCAUAGCUCAUCAACGGGUGUCAACAGCAACUGGCGAACAUGUCGUCUCAUCAUGCUCAAGAAAUUCAGCUCCAAACUACCAGAGGAGUCCCGGAACUGGAAUCCGGCGACGGGAACGACAGCAAGGAUGGCCAGAAAUCCCCGACACGGCGGACGGCGAAAGGCAGCGUCCGCUGGUGGAUCUUGGUGGCCGCAGACAUGCUCAUGCUGCUCUGCGGCGGGACCGUGGCCACUCUCCUCAGCCGCCUGUACUACAACUCCGGCGGCAACAGCAAGUGGAUGAGCACGCUCACGCAGUCCGGCGGGGCGCCGCUUCUGCUCAUCCCGCUGCUCCUGGCACCGCCGCCGCCGCCGACGCCGACCUCAGGCUCAGGCGAGGAGGAGCGGCGCCAGCCGGCACCGGCGGCGUCCAAGCUGGCGGCCAUCUACGUGGGCAUCGGCAUCCUGAUCGGCUUCGACAACCUCAUGUACGCGUACGCGCUGCAGUACCUGCCGGUGUCCACCUUCUCGCUGGUGGCGGCGACGCAGCUGGCCUUCAACGCCGUCACGUCGUGGCUCAUCAACGCGCAGCGGUUCACGGCGCUCAUCGCCAACUCCGUGGUCGUGCUCACCUUCGCCGCCGCGCUGCUCGGCGUCGGCUCCUCCUCCGACGGCACCUCCUCCUCGUCGUCGUCCGACGCGCCGCGGGGCAAGUACGCGGCCGGGUUCGUCCUCACGCUGGCCGCCUCCGCCACGUUCGCGCUCAUCCUGUCGCUGCUCGAGCUCGCCUUCGACAAGGUGGUCAGGGCGCGCACGCUCCGGUGGGUGCUCACGGUGCAGAUGCACACCAACCUCGUGGCGUCGGCGGUGUCGGUGCUGGGGAUGCUCGCGUCCGGGGAGUGGCGGACGAUCCCGGCGGAGAUGGCGGCGUUCAAGGACGGGAGGAUCAGGUACGUCCUGACGCUGGUCGGGACGGCGGCGUCGUGGCAGGCGGCGCUGGCGGGGCAGGUGCGGCUCAUCGCCAGGGUGUCGUCGCUCUUCGCCAACGCCGCGGGCGCCGUGCAGCUCCCGCUGGUGCCCGUGUUCGCCGUGCUGCUGUUCGGCGACAAGAUGACGGGCAUCAAGGCCGUCGCCAUGCUCAUGGCCGUGUGGGGAUUCCUCUCGUACGUUUACCAGCACUACCUCGACGGCCGGCGCGCUGCUGCGGCGAAGGCCGCCGGCGCCGGCGGGGCUCAGUUCAAGUGCUGCGACGUCUGCGCUCAGCGGACGGCAGACGCGGCUUCGCACGCUUGAGACACUGAUGUGGUCGUCUGUUUAUCAGAUUCUUGAUUAGCUUUGGCUCCUUGUCAUGGAGAUUAGCUGGAGUGGAAGCUUGACUCCAGUAUACAACUAGUAGUAGUUUGGAACUUGGCUUCAUUGGUGACUAUUCAUUCUGAUAUCGACCCGUGCUAACACCAAUAAUUCUCACCUCCCUCCUCACUGAAAUUCUUUGAUCUUAUCUGGUCACUCAGUGUGUAUAAAACCCCCCACAUCAGCUGGCCCUCGGUCUUCAUCUUAAUUCCCACCUCAAUCCAUCUCAAGCAUAGGAUUGCUUCCCUCGCUCUCUCGAGAAAAUAAUAAAAUACUCAUUUUCCUUCCCUUA